AUGGCGGCUGAGAAUGGGUUCGACUGCGAGAGAGUGGGAAGAGAAGAAGCAGAACACAUCGAAGGGUGUUUGAGCAAGUUCAUCGAUGAUGGCACCGUCGAAAGUCACAGAUACUACUUGUCUCGCAGAACCACUCUGGAAAUGCUCAGAGACAGAGGCUACUCCAUCCCCUCCAACGAAAUUGACCUUUCUCUCUCCCAAUUCCGCCACAUGCACGGCAACUCCCCCAACCCUGACCGUCUCCGCCUCUCCCUCACUCACGCCACCAACCCUUCCAAAAGGGUUUUAGUUAUUUUCUGUGGGCCAGGUGCUGUGAAAGUUACAGCCAUUCGGAACAUUGCGGGGCAGAUUGUUAAUAGAGACACUUUGAGUAGCCUUAUAUUGAUAGUGGAGAAUCAUGUUACUAGCCAGGCCUUGAAAGCGGUCAGUCUCUUUUCCUUCAAGGUUGAAAUUUUCCAGAUCACAGACUUACUAGUUAAUAUUACAAAGCAUGUGUUGAAGCCAAAGCACGAGGUGCUGACUGAUAGGCAGAAGAAAAAUCUCCUGAAGAAGUUCAAUGUAGAAGAAAAGCAGCUUCCCCGCUUGCUACGGACUGAUGCAAUUGCACGAUAUUAUGGACUUGAGAGGGGUCAAGUAGUUAAAGUUACCUAUAGUGGGGAAAUCACCCAGAUGCAUGUCACAUAUCGAUGUGUUUGGUGA